AUGGGGUUGCCAAAAUUUCUCAACAUUUUCAGUUUGGAUUUUCACGAACGCAAUCACCGAUUGCCAUUGCACAGUGACGGAGGAAACCGGGAAACCCUUGUUCCCGAAAACGUUAAUGUUCCCAGGAAUGGGAUUGGGAGAUCAUUCUGGAGCCUGUUGGGUCUCUUAACCUGGAAGAAAAAUGAUGGUGGGUCGAGGACUGAAGAAGAAGAGAAAGUCUAUUCAUGGCUAUAUGCUUUGGCUCAAUCCAAUAAAGAUUUGGUGUACGAAUAUGUGCGAUCCACUGAAAGAGGCUUGAGCUUCAGGGAGGCUGCGCAGAGACUGAAAGAUGCCGGGCCAAAUAUUCCGAUCAAUUUUACUUUCCCAAAAUGGUGGCAUCUUCUUUGGAAUUCCUUGUUUCAUCCCUUCAACAUCAUUCUUGUUGUUUUGUCAGUUAUGUCUUACAUCACUAGUGAUGAACCCAAUGGAAGCAUCAUGCUUGUACUAGUCUUCAUAAGUGUCUCCCUACGAUUUUAUCAGGAAUAUAGUAGCUCAAAAGCUGCAAUGAAACUCUCAGAAUUUGUACGUUGUCCUAUAAAAGUUCAAAGAUGUGCUGGUAGAACAGUUCAAACAGAAUUAGUUGUUCAAGUAGAUCAAUGCGAUGUUGUUCCUGGUGAUAUUAUCGUUUUUGAACCUGGGGACCUUUUCCCCGGUGAUGUGAGAUUGUUGACCUCAAAAAACCUGUUAGUGAGUCAGUCUUCACUAACGGGAGAGUUUGGAAGUACCGAGAAAACAGCAGAUGUUAGAGAAGAUGCCAGCACCCCGUUACUGGAUUUAAGGAACAUUUGCUUCAUGGGAACAAGUGUAGUAUCAGGUGUUGGGACUGGUCUGGUGGUCUCUACUGGAAGCAAGACUUAUAUGAGCACCAUCUUUUCAACCACAGGGAAGCUGCAGCAGCCAGAUGACUUUGAGAGAGGCAUUCGGCAUGUUUCUUACGUACUCAUCGCCCUCAUACUUGUAGUUGUCACUAUAAUAGUCCUUAUUAAUUAUCAUGCAUCGCAUGAUUCCAGUGAGAGUAUAGUGUUUGGCAUUUCAGUUGCUAGUGCUUUGACCCCUCAGAUGCUUCCGCUCAUCAUUAAUGCUAGUCUUGCAAAAGGCGCACUAGCUAUGGCAAGCAAAAGAUGCAUAGUUAAAAGCUUAAGUGCUAUACGGGACAUGGGAUCCAUGGAUAUUAUAUGCAUUGACAAAACUGGUACUCUGACCAAGAAUACUGCUAUCAUGAUUGAUUACCUAGAUUGCUGGGGCACUCCAAAGGAAAAGCUGUUGAAUUAUGCCUUCUUGCAUGCUUACUUUAAAACACAGCAGAAGCAUCCUUUAGAUGAUGCCAUAAUGGCAUAUGCAUAUGCAAAUAAUUUUAGGUUUCAGCCAUCCAAAUGGAGUAAAAUUGAUGAAAUUCCGUUUGAUUUUACAAGAAGAAGGGUCUCUGUUAUUUUGGAGCCUAAGAUAUUGGAUAUAUCGUGGAACACCUAUUUCAGAGGCAGAGUGUUGAUAACUAAAGGUGCUCUGGAAGAAGUGGUCAAACUCUGUUCUUUUGUUGAGGAUGAUGAUGGGACUAACUUGUCAACUUUCACUGUUCAAGAUAAUGAAAGAAUUUUAAACAUUUCUGAAAAACUAAGCAGCAACGGGUUACGGCUUCUUGGAGUUGCAAUCAAAAGACUUGAGACGGUAAAUAUUCCAGGAAUGGUCUAUGAUGAACAAAUUGAAUCAAACAUGAUCUUCUUAGGCCUACUAUCCUUUUUUGACCCACCAAAAGAUUCGGCAAAGCAGGCAUUGUGGCAGUUAGCUGAGAGAGGAGUAAAAGCAAAAGUAUUGGCAGGAGACACACUUUCCCUUGCAAUAAGCAUUUGCAAAGAAGUCGGUAUAAGAACAACUCAUGUGGCUACAGGACCAGAACUGGAGAUACUUGACACUGGUACUUUCCAUGAGACAGUGAAAAGAGCAACAGUUUUAGCUAAGCUCACCCCAACACAAAAGCUCCGGGUAGUCCAAUCUCUGCAGACAGAGGGGAACCACAUUGUAGGAUUUCUCGGAGAUGGAGUAAAUGACUCCCUCGCCUUGGAUGCUGCCAAUGUGGGUAUAUCCGUUGAUUCAGGUGCAUCAAUCGCAAAAGAUCUUGCUGACAUUAUCUUACUUGAAAAGGACCUCAAUGUUCUGGUGGCCGGUGUUGAUCAAGGUCGUGUUACGUUUGGGAAUACUAUGAAGUACAUAAGAAUAUCAGUUCUUGCCAAUCUAGGAAGCAUCAUUUCAAUUCUCAUUGCGACCAUCUUUUUCAAAUACGAACCCUUAACACCAAAGCAGCUUCUAGUGCAGAACUUUCUGUAUAAUUUGGGUCAAACUGUUAUUCCCUGGGACAAGAUGGAAGACAGUUAUGUCAAGACUCCACAGAGAUGGUCGCUCCGGGGCCUAGCAAUGUUUACCCUGUGGAACGGUCCAGUUUGUUCGCUUUGUGACUUGACAACUCUCCUGUUUCUUUGGCUUUACUACAAGAGCAACUCGUCCACAUCUUCGCACUUCUUCCAUUCUGCUUGGUUCAUCGAGGGACUCCUAAUGCAGACCUUGAUAAUCCACUUGAUUCGAACGGAGAAGAUUCCCUUUGUCGAAGAGGUUGCCUCUUGGCCUGUCACACUUUCCACAUUAGUGAUUUCUUCUAUUGGGAUUGCAAUUCCAUACACGCCUCUUGGAAAUGUAAUGCAACUCAUGCCUGUGCCAGUUUCUUACUUUGGGUUUCUGGUUGUGCUCUUUCUAGGUUAUUUUACAGUUGGGCAACUUGUCAAGCGAGCAUACCUUUUGGUGUUCAAGACAUGGUUUUAA